AUGUCACACCGUUUUGCCCGCAGGCUUCUCAAAGAACACCAGGCAUUUGAAAAUGCAGGCUUACCUGGUAUAGAAAUGUUGCCUGGCAGCGACAUCACUGAAUAUGAGGUGAUAAUGUGCGUCGACAAUCAGCUCUACGCGGGCGAAAAAUUUCUUUUGCUGAUUCACAUCGGCAACGAAUACCCCGUGGAGCCUCCUCUGGUGAAGUUCCUUUCCAAAGGUGAUCAUGCAGUGCCCUUGCAUCCGCAUAUUUACUCGAACGGGCAUAUUUGCCUCAAUGUUCUAGGCAAGGACUGGACACCCGCAUGCAAUGUGGAAAGCGUCGUGCUCAGCGUGCAAAGUAUGCUCAGUACGAACGAAUUGGCCGAGCGGCCACCUGAUGAUGACCGGUAUGUGCGCCUGGCUCCGAAGGAUCCGAAGAACGGUCGUUUUGUGUACCAUGACGAUACUGUGUGA